AUGUUGAGAUUCACUCCAAGACCAAGAAAUUGUCAAAAUCUCUUGAAACCGGCCAUCUCGGGUAGAACCAUCACCCACAUCCACACGCACACCAUCAAGACCCCAGUGGGUGCUGAAGCUGCGUAUUCCGCCCCAAAGCCAAGGAGCACCAGAUUAUCCGUUGACGGUCCGAUCGAAUGUGACUUGACUGGAUUCCAGCUCUUAAACUCCCCCAUUUUCAACAAAGGCUCCGCCUUUACGCUUGAGGAAAGAAAGGCCUUCGGCUUAGUCGGGUUGUUACCAUCCAAAGUGAAUACCUUGGACGAACAGGUCGCCAGAGCCCAUGAACAGCUCCAGUACUUGAGGACUCCGUUGGCCAAGAACGAUUUCUGUACCUCCAUGAGAGUCCAGAACAAGGUUUUGUUCUACGAGUUGGUCAGAAGAAAUAUCAGGGAGUUGUUGCCAAUCAUCUACACCCCAACCGAAGGUGACGCCAUCGCUGCCUAUUCUAAUAGAUUCAGAAAGCCGGAAGGCUGUUUCUUGUCUAUUACUGAACCAGACUCCAUUGAGGAGAGAUUAGCUGCCUUCGGCGAAGCCAAGGAUGUCGACUACAUUGUUGUUUCCGACGGUGAAGGGAUCUUGGGGAUUGGUGACCAGGGUGUUGGUGGUAUCAGAAUCUCCAUCUCCAAGUUGGCCUUGAUGACCCUCUGUGGUGGUAUCCACCCGGGCAGAGUUGUUCCGGUCAUUCUCGAUGCCGGUACCAACAACCAGGAAAUGUUGAGCAAUGACUUGUACAUGGGUAACAAGUUCCCAAGAGUUAGAGGCGAGGAGUACGACCAGUUCGUUGACAAGUUCAUCCAGGCCGUCAAGAAGAGAUUCCCCGACGCGGUGAUGCACUUUGAGGAUUUCGGUGUCUCCACCGCUAGACCAUUGUUGCAGAGAUACCGUAACGUGAUCCCAUGCUUCAACGAUGAUAUCCAGGGUACCGGUGCCGUUGUUAUGGCCUCAAUGACAGCCGCUUUGCAGUUUUCUAACCGCGAGUUGUUGGACUCUGAGGUGCUCAUCUACGGUGCUGGUUCCGCUGGUUUGGGUGUUGCCGACCAGAUUGUCAACCACAUGGUCACCCACGGUGCAACCGUCGAAGAAGCCAGAGCUAAGAUCCACUGCAUGGACAGAAACGGUUUGAUCUUGCAGAACAUGGCUGGUACCAAGGCGGCAUCUGAGGCUCAGAUGGCCUACGCCGAUGCCACUGAGGCCUGGGAGGGUGUUGACACCAGCGACUUGGUUGAGGUGGUCAGACAGGUGAAGCCAACCGUCAUUGUUGGUUGCUCUACCCAAGCGGGUGCCUUCAACGAGCAAGUUAUCAAGGAGAUGUACAAGCACAACCGUCAGCCAAUUGUGUUCCCAUUGUCUAACCCAACCAGGUUGCACGAAGCCAUUCCCGCCGAUCUUAUGAAGUGGACCGACGACAACGCUUUGAUUGCUACCGGUUCUCCAUUCGCCCCCGUCAAUGGCUACUACAUUUCCGAAAACAACAACUGCUUCACCUUCCCAGGUAUCGGUUUGGGUGCCGUAUUGUCCAGAUGUACCACCAUUUCUGAUACCAUGGUGUCUGCUGCCGUUGACCAGUUGGCUGCUUUGUCGCCAAAGAAGACCAACCCAAAGAAUGGGUUGUUGCCACCGUUGGAGGAGAUCGAUGAGGUUUCUUCCAAGGUUGCUGUCGCUGUGAUCUUGCAGUCUUUGAAGGAGGGUACGGCCAGAGUUGAGAUGGAAGACAAGCCAAACAGCGAAGGUAAGGUUUCGGUUCCAAGAGACUUUGAAGGUUGUUUGGAAUGGGUCAAGUCCCAGAUGUGGAAGCCAGUUUACAGACCAUUGGUCAAGGUUGAACACGUGCCAGAAAUCCACACCCACCAGUACUAG